AUUAAAAACCACUUUACCUUUUAGGAGCUGCCGACAGAGAUGAGUGAUGGGUUCGUCUGACAGAAACGCCUGACAGAGAAAGAAAAACAAAACACUGUUCAUCCAUUUGAAUAACCACAGGCAAAACCAGCAGUCGGUGUUUCAUGACAUCUGGAUGUUGAGUUAAUAACAUGCUACUAUUGUAGACGUUAUUCACAUGUAAAUACAAAGCCAAUUUUUCCACUGCGAGCAGAGUGUCGUCUGCAAACAGUCGUACUUUAGUACAACAGCCCCAGCACUGCUACAGACGGUGACAAACUAGUGUCAGACGAGGGAAAGACUGUUACCUAAUUUAACCCUUAUAUCUUGUGCUUUUUCAACAAGAAGUAGAAAUAGAUUUUUAUUUUAAAAAAAUGUUUAACAGAUAACAAAAAAAAGUUUUUAAAUUGAGUUUUGUUACGUCUAACGUCUAGCAGAGUCGACCUGUGUUUUUGUUUCAUUUAUAUUUCUAUAUUUUGAUGUCAUACUAAUGGUACUUGGACAGACAAAUAUUUUUGGAGCAAGCUGAUUGAAAAAACUUGAUUUAAAUUAAUUAACCUCAGAAUUGAGCUGCGUCGAAAAAAUUAAUAAACACUGUAAAAUGUAAACGUACAAUGAUAAAAAAAAAAAAGUCUGAAGCAGCGACGCUGACGGUGAAUGUUUCUUCCUGUUUGUUCGACUCCGACACUCUCGCUCCGAGGCCAGCGGUAACACCUUGCGUUAGAUUUCUCAUUUAUUCUGUCCUUGCAUCACCUGUUUACUGAACAGUUGCAUCAGUGCUGCCGCUGCACUGCUGCUGUACGUGGAGAACAUACAGGAUCUGACCUGAGACCAGCUGACAACAGUUUUACAGUCGACGGGCAUCAUGAGCAAUUAAAAUUAAAAAAUUUAACAUAGUACCCCUGAGUUACUAUGUUAAAUUUUAAAUUUUAAUUGCUUUGAUUUUUCAUAUAUUUUAUUUUCGUAUUUUAUUUUUUAAUUAUUUCCCAAAGUCACCCUGGGAUCAGGCCCUGCAGGCGACGACACUGAAAGACUCCAGAACUUUACAUCACUAAUCAAAACAUUCAGAUUUGUACACAGGAAUAAUCCAAUCGCUGAACACAUUAGCGCAGCUUUGUCCAAUCACAGUCCGGCUGCGACUCAGCGCAGAUCACGUGGACGUCCCGGAGAUUGGUCUGAUCCGAAAACAUAGGUUCUGUCCCAGUGGACUGUUGAAAAAGCUUUUGUCUCUGAUGAUGUGUUGCCACACGCUCAGAGGACAGCCACGCGUCAACAAUGUCUAACACCACGCUGAAUCUCACCACUAAUUCCUACAACAACUCAACGACACCCGACGGCCCGCGUGGUCCACCACUCUGGUACCAGUAUCCCGAGUGCGUAGUGGCGCCGUACGGCUACGUCUUCUACUUUACGGGCAAAAUGUUCAACCUGGCGGUGGGCACACCUUGCAAUGUCCUGGUCAUCUGGCAGAUCGCCACUAGGAGGAGUGAUGUCUCCUCUGACAUCUUCUUCCUCAACCUGGCCAUCCUGGACACCUACUUCUGCCUGAUGGGACCCGUAGAUAUGGCCAACAGGCUUGUGCUGUCCAGUGGACGUCUGUGGUAUUUCCAGAGAUUCGCCUACGGGGUCAAAGAUUUAGCGCCGCUGUUUUUGGUGUGCAUCUGCCUGGACCGCUACAUGGCUGUGGUCCACCCAGUUUUAUUCGCACAGGUCCGCGACAACAGGAUCCGCAUCGGUGUCUCAGUGUUGGUCUGGGGUAUUAUCCUGGCCUAUGGCAUCAGCAAGUCCUUCCUGGGGUCCCUGGGUGUCUACGAGAUCUUCAGUGGCAUCAUCCUGUUUGCCUUUGCCGUCAUGGUCUUCUGCAACAUCUCCAUCAUCUGGGUCCUCCGGCGCUCUGUGCUGGGAAAAGAGGAGAUGCACCCAGUGAAGAAGAAGGCCUUUAAGAUGGUCCUCAUCAUCCUGGCCAUCAUCGUAGCCAACUACCUGCCGCCUGUGGCACUCAUGCCCUUCGCUUCAUACUACUCCUUUGUGGUUUACAACUGCCAGGUAACUACCUGCGUCUUCUGCAUCAUGGACCUGAGCAGCAGCAUUGAGCCUCUCCUCUACAUCUCCAAGACGGAGCGCGUGGGAGGGAGGUGCUGCCAGCCGAGUGUGGCCACGAGACCAUGACGUAAAAGCAGAAUAUUGUGGUGAAAAAUGAAAUUUUCUUUCAGACACUUUGUGUCAUUUUUGGUCAAAAAGAUUUUGUAGAAAUUAUGUAAAAUUAUUUUCAAAAUUUAAUCUUUUCAGGAU